AUGUCGGCGGGCAAGCGCUAUCGCGCGGAGCCCUCGCGGAAGACGGUGAUGCUGGAGGUGGGCGAGUCGCUCCGCCAGGCCAGCCGCACGGGGGAAGCCGGCAGUGGCGGAAUCGGCCGCGGAGGGACUUCCGCGGGUCGUUCUCUCGGCCGUGCGAGUGGCGGCGAGCGGAAUGCGAAUCUGAGCUCGCCGCCAGCCGCGGAGGUCUCCGUGGACGGGGGAGGCCCCACGGGCGAAGCGGGUGGGCUUGAGCGAGGGGAAUGGCCGCGACAGGCGGCGCUGAGCGCGGAGACGCGCGCGAGGAGCGGGCCACCGACGGGCGUGGGGGGUAGGGGGAACGGAAGAGGGGUAGGCGGAAGGAAGGGGGCGAGCGAGGACGCGCGGAGAGCGGGGGUAGCGGGUGCGCGGGGCGGUUCCGGGAUGGGCGGGGGCAGCGCGGCAGCAAGGGGGUGGGCGGGUGACGCGUCGCUGGAGCGGCUGCAGCGCGAGGCGACGAGCUACAGGCUGUGGGGCGCGGGGGGGACAGCUGGCGCCACGUCAGCAGCAGCAGGGGCGGCGGACGCAGACGCCACACAGCCCGCCACGCCUCCGCUGAAGCUACCAGAGCGGUUUGGAUCGGUGGAGGAGUAUGUGGGGGCGUUUGAGCCGCUGCUGUUUGAGGAGGCGCGCGCCCAGGUGGCGAGCAGCUGGGAGGAGGUGGACGGCGGCGAGGGGGGCGGCGGGCGCGCAGGGGGAAGCAGCGCGGGCGUGGCAGUGCGCGUGGCGUCGCUGGAGGCCACCCACCGAGGCUGGCACGAGAUGCUGCUACAGCUGCUCGGCGAGCAGCAGCAGCAGCAGGGGGGGCGGCGGGCGGGGUGGAAGGAGGGCGAGUGGAAGGAUGGUGACGUGGCUGUGCUGUCCACUGCACGGCCAGCAGCCAGAGAUGAUGACCAAUCACGCUCAUCACCACUACAGCCACCCCAGCAGCUGCGCAUAGCUGGCAUCGGGCGGCGCUGCUACGAGCCCAUGCAGGACGACCGCGGUGCCGCCCGGGCCACCUUCAUUUUUACCUUCCACGAGUCCGCCCUGCCGCCCGAGUAUGUCGCCCUGCCGCCCGAGUAUGUAGCCCUGCCGCCCGAGUAUGUAGCCCUGCCGCCCGACGAGCCUGUGUCUCUCCUCAAUGAGGUCAAGAGCAGGAACCUUCCGUGCACCUUCAUGCCAGUGACCUCGCUGACGACGGCGCAGAGGGAGUUCUCCUCCCUGCACUCCGUGGCGCACCUGCAGCCCCAGAUGCUGGAGGCCGUGCUGCGCCCGGGCCCGCACCUCUUCCCAGACUACGUCACCGAGAUGCCGCCGGACCUCUCCGCCGUCUUCCCGCCCGCCUUCUGUGCGCACCUGCAGGCCUCCUUCAACGCGCCGCAGCUGCAGGCCAUCCACUGGGCCGCCGCCCACACCGCCGCCCACACGCCCGCUGCGCCUGCCAGUGCAGCCGGCACUGCUGCCUCCAGCCGGUCGGGGUCGGGAGGUGCGGGGGGCAGCAGCAAGGGCGGGUGGCCGUUCACGCUGGUGCAGGGGCCGCCGGGGACGGGGAAGACGCAUACGGUGUGGGGCAUGCUCAACGCCAUCCACCUCGUGCACUACCAGCGCUACUACCACUCGCUCCUCGCCAAGCUCGCCCCCGCCGCCUCCGCCACUUUCCUACCCGACGACCCACCGUCGGCAGGUGCCGGCUCGGAAGGUGCCGGUUCAGCGGAGGCGGUAGUUUCGGGAGGGGGCAGCAUAGAGGAUCUGCUGGAGAGCAUGGAUCAGCUGGCCCCGCGGCGGCAGGUGCGCGUGGCACGCAAGCCGCGCAUGCUGGUGUGUGCGCCGUCCAACGCGGCAGUGGACGAGCUGCUGUCGCGUGUGCUCUCCAAGGGCUUCCUGGACGGCGAGAUGCGCACCUACCGGCCGGAUGUCGCGCGCGUUGGUGCCGAGGCCGCCACCCCCGCUGCUCAGGUGGAGAGGAGGGGGGGGGUGUGGUGA